AUGGUUUCCCGAAUCAUUUGCGCCUUACUUGUCCUGUUCUUGUGUGUACAUGGAUACAAGCUGGUCCACAACUAUGACCACACGAACUGGUACGAGAGCUUUAUCUUUGAGACACUGCCAGACCCAACCCAUGGCUUCGUUGAGUAUGUCUCUCUGGCUGACGCACAGGCACUUGGUAUGACGAAGAUUAUUGGAAAUCAAGUCUACAUGAGCGUUGAUACGACUUACAAUGUCCAACCUCCUACAGCUGCUUUCGGAGGCGGCCGCAAGAGCAUCUGGCUCGAGUCUAAGGAUGAAUUCUUGCAUGGUCUUCUGAUCGGAGACUUUGCACAUGUGCCAGGAAGUGACUGUGGCACAUGGCCCGGCUUUUGGACAAUUCGCAAUAACCCUGGCCCGUAUGGUGAGAUCGAUAUCUACGAGGGCUUCAACGACAUCGAGCAAGUCUAUAUGACCUUGCAUACGGACGGAGAUUGCACCUUCAACCCACCAGCCAACGCUCAGUCGGGUGUAUCCAAUAAUGAUAACUUUGAUUGCCAACUUAAUAAUCCCGUCGGCUGCAGUGUGAAAGGAUCCGUUGGGAGCUACGGUUCGUCUUUCAACGCUCAGGGUGGAGGCGUGUUUGCUAUGGCAUGGACCAGCACCUUUAUCAGAAUUUACUUCUUUUCGAGAAAUGCCAUUCCAGCAGAUAUCAUCGCUGGCAAGCCGGAUCCGAGUAAAUGGGGAAUCCCUGCUGCGGAUUUCGAUAGUCAGUACGGCGGCUGUGACAUUGAUGCGAACUUCCCUCCACAGACAAUCUAUUUUGAUACUACGUUCUGCGGAGCAAACGCAGGCGGAAAGUCCUGGACUGACUGGUCCGAUUGCUCAGCCAAGACUGGCUACUCAACUUGUGAAGACUAUGUUGCGAAUGUUCCGCAUGCGUUCGAUGACGCAUACUGGCUUGUCAACUCGGUGAAGGUCUAUCAGUGA